UCCACCUUACUUCCGGACCGUGCGUUUCACAUACAGGAAGUGAGUUUAAAUUGACUGCUGCAGCCUCCCAGUGUCCGUGGAGAUCAGGAUUACACAGUAGUGAAGAAGACAUCCAGUGAGUGUAAGAUACUCAACAGCCAUCCCCGUGUGUCAGGAGGACUGAGUAGAACCCAAAGCCCAAUCACGGUGCCUACACCUCACUCACUGAUACAUGAGAGACACAAUGACCAGAAGAUCCUGGAACUCACCAACAAGAUCAUUCAGUUGCUGACUGGAGAGGAGGGGGAGUAUAUAGAGGAACACAGGGGUCUGUACAAGGACUUGAUGAUGGAGAAUCACCGGCCCCUCACAUCACUGGAAGGACCCAGUAACAGAGAUACCCCAGAGAGAUGUCCCCGUCCUCUGUAUUCCCAGGAUUGUACAGAGGAGAAUCACAGGAUCCCACAGGAGGAUCAGGAUGAAGCCCAAUUAAAUAAUAUUAAUAUCAAAGAUACAGAGGGAGAAAAAGAGACAUAUGUGACUGAUACAAAGGCAGAAGAUAUAGAGGGAGAAGAAGAGACAUAUGUGACUGAUAUGAAGGCAGAAGAUACAGAGGGAGAAGAAGAGACGUAUGUGACUGAUAUAAAGGCAGAAGAUAUAGAUGGAGAAGAAGAGACGUAUGUGACUGAUAUGAAGGCAGAAGAUACAGAGGGAGAAGAAGAGACGUAUGUGACUGAUAUAAAGGCAGAAGAUAUAGAGGGAGAAGAAGAGACAUAUGUGACUGAUAUGAAGGCAGAAGAUACAGAGGGAGAAGAAGAGACGUAUGUGACUGAUAUAAAGGCAGAAGAUAUAGAGGGAGAAGAAGAGACGUAUGUGACUGAUAUAAAGGCAGAAGAUAUAGAUGGAGAAGAAGAGAGGUAUGUGACUGAUAUGAAGGCAGAAGAUACAGAGGGAGAAGAAGAGACGUAUGUGACUGAUAUAAAGGCAGAAGAUAUAGAAGGAGAAGAAGAGACGUAUGUGACUGAUAUAAAGGCAGAAGAUAUAGAAGGAGAAGAAGAGACGUAUGUGACUGAUAUAAAGGCAGAAGAUACAGAGGGAGAAGAAGAGACGUAUGUGACUGAUAUAAAGGCAGAAGAUAUAGAGGGAGAAGAAGAGACGUAUGUGACUGAUAUAAAGGCAGAAGAUACAGAGGGAGAAGAAGAGACGUAUGUGACUGAUAUAACGGCAGAAGAUACAGAGGGAGAAGAGGAGACGUAUGUUACUGAUAUAAAGGUAGAAGAUACAGAGGGAGAAGAAGAGACGUAUGUGAGGGGUGAUCAGCAGUCUAAGGAGGAGGAAAUCCCUACAGAUAUCAGCACAGCAGGUGGACACACAAGCAGGAAUAUCUCAGAAGGACAUCUAAUGUUAUCCCCGGAUUGUGACAUAAAAGAUAAUGACAGUAGACAGGAUUCUCCAGGAGAUAACCCCAUUACCCCAAUUAUACAUCCAGCUCUAUCAGCUGAUCCCUCUGAUACUGGGAAAUGUUCUCCUGAUCACCCUGAUAUUGGUGCAUCUGUUACAGCUCUGACAGUAGAUACAGAGUUUCUGUGUUCUGUAGAUGCCAAAUGUUUUACACAGAACACAAAGCCUAUUAACCCACACACAGGUAAGGUAGGUGAAAGGCCACUGAUAUGUUCUGAGUGUGGGAAAUGUUUUACAUACAAAUCACAGCUUGUUAUACAUCAGAAAAGUCACACAGGUGAGAGGCCAUUUUCUUGCUCUGAGUGUGGGAAAUGUUUUGCACGGAAAUCACAUCUUGUUAUACAUCAGAAAAGUCACACAGGCGAGAGGGCAUUUUCUUGCUCUGAGCGUGGGAAAUGUUUUGCACAGAAAUCACAUCUUAUUAAUCAUGAGAGAAGUCACACAGGUGAGAAGCCAUUUUCUUGCUCUGAGUGUGGGAAAUGUUUUGCACAGAAAUCACAUCUUAUUAAUCAUGAGAGAAGUCACACAGGUGAGAGGCCAUUUUCUUGCUCUGAGUGUGGGAAAUGUUUUGCAUGGAAAUCACAUCUUGUUAUACAUCAGACAAGUCACACAGGCGAGAAGCCAUUUUCUUGCUCUGAGUGUGGGAAAUGUUUUGCACGGAAAUCACAUCUUGUUAUACAUCAGAAAAGUCACACAGGCGAGAGGGCAUUUUCUUGCUCUGAGUGUGGGAAAUGUUUUGCACAGAAAUCACAUCUUAUUAAUCAUGAGAGAAGUCACACAGGUGAGAAGCCAUUUUCUUGCUCUGAGUGUGGGAAAUGUUUUGCACUCAAAUCAGAUCUUGUUAGACAUCAGAGAAGUCACACAGGUGAGAAGCCGUUGUCUUGCUCUGAGUGUGGGAAAUGUUUUGCACUCAAAUCAGAACUUGUUAGACAUCAGAGAAGUCACACAGGUGAGAAGCCAUUUUCUUGCUCUGAGUGUGGGAAAUGUUUUGCACAGAAAUCACAUCUUAUUAAUCAUGAGAGAAGUCACACAGGUGAGAAGCCAUUUUCUUGCUCUGAGUGUGGGAAAUGUUUUGCACUCAAAUCAGAUCUUGUUAGACAUCAGAGAAGUCACACAGGUGAGAAGCCAUUUUCUUGCUCGGAGUGUGGGAAAUGUUUUGCACAGAAAUCACAUCUUAUUAAUCAUGAGAGAAGUCACACAGGUGAGAAGCCAUUUUCUUGCUCGGAGUGUGGGAAAUGUUUUGCACAGAAAUCACAUCUUAUUAAUCAUGAGAGAAGUCACACAGGUGAGAGGCCAUUUUCUUGCUCUGUGUGUGGGAAAUGUUUUGCACUCAAAUCAGAUCUUGUUAGACAUCAGAGAAGUCACACAGGUGAGAAGCCAUUUUUUUGCUCUGAGUGUGGGAAAUGUUUUGCACUCAAAUCAGAACUUGUUAGACAUCAGAGAAGUCACACAGGUGAGAAGCCAUUUUCUUGCUCGGAGUGUGGGAAAUGUUUUGCACAGAAAUCACAUCUUAUUAAUCAUGAGAGAAGUCACACAGGUGAGAGGCCAUUUUCUUGCUCUGAGUGUGGGAAAUGUUUUGCACUCAAAUCAAAUCUUAUACAUCUCAGAAGUCACACAGGUAAGAAUCCAUUUUCUUGCUCUGAGUGUGGGAAAUGUUGUCUAACAAGAUGUGAUUUACUUACACAUCACAGAAGUCACACAGGUGAGAAGCCAUUUCUAUACUCUGAGAAAUAAAUCAUCUCUUGUUGCACACAAUAGGCAUCACUCAGGUGAGGAACCAUUUUAAUCUUCUGGAGUAUACUUAUCAUUGCCAUGCGUUGUUCUUCAAGGUUCUUUACCUAUCCUAUGCUUUUUGCAAUAUACAUGCUACUGGUGGGUGAAAUAAUCUUCACACCACGUACAGCAAUAUAUGCUUUAUGGCAGGCAUGUCCAAACUGCGGCCCUCCAGCUGUUGAGAAACUACACAUCCCAGCAUGCCCUGA